GAAGUGACUUCAAAAUCCCAUUUUCCUUGAUCCGGCAAACAAGAGGACGACGAAAUUAUGGCAAAAAGUAGACACAGGUAAUGGAAAAUCAUGAUGGAUUCUGGAUAAUUCAACUAUUAUCCAGAGAAAUGAUGAUGGACACUGGAGAAGUUCAUUAUUUUGACCAGAAUGAACAGUUUUUUGAUAAUUCAACAACUAAAAACAGGAAUAAUCCAAAUAUUUCCAAAAAAAUGAAUAUGAUGAAAUAAAAACCACAUACACAUAAAAACUAACCUCAAUAAAAUUUUGACAUUUUUUGACUAUAAGAGAAAAGUAUAUCUUUCCCUUUCUUUAACAUUCUGUUAGAAAGAGACAAAAACAUAGACUGCAAUGGGUCAAUACGCAAAUGAAUGACUAUAAACAACUUACUGUCAGCCAAAUGUCAGAAAAAUGUUUUUAUGUUUUUUGUUGCUGAUAAAAUUAUUAUUAUACAAAUCUCCAUAAACAAAUAACCAUCAAUGUAAUUCAACAUACAAACAACCUGGAAAAGUAUUGCCCAUUAUGAAUUACAAAGUUUUUUGAACCUGAAAGUGAUUAUUGUACUAAAACCAUGGAAUCUCGAAUAGAAACAGCCAUAAGAAUAUGCCCCAUUUCAGGCAACAGUCCAGAAAUAUGCGUGGAAAGCGACACCUUGAACAACUUAAUCAAAAUCUCCAACAAUCAAACCUACCCUGUAUGCAAUGCAUUGCCUUUUAAUUGUUCCCAAAACACCGUUUUCGUAAGUACAAUAGAGCCUCUAGUCUCAUAUUUUUUAGAGGGCUGCGAUGUUAGUGUGGUCACUUUUGGCCAGGCCCAAACUGGCAAAACCUACACCCUUUAUGGACCUGGUUUGCAUUGUGCUGCCAGUGAAAUGGAGCACGGCAUUGUGCCAAGAUUCAUACGAGAAGUCCUUACAAAGCUCAAAACUGUUAACAACAAAGAAGUAACAUGGUCCUUGCAUAUAACCUGGUCUCAGAUAAAUGGGGAUUCUAUCCAAGACUUAUUGGGCAGCACUAGUGUUGAAAUUGAAGACAUUUUAGAAGCUUUUCAGUUUAUACAAUUAGGGCUUUCUAGUUUAGCUGGCAAAUGUACUCACAACUUAUUUACUCUUACUCUAGAACAACAAUCUGUAGCUGAUUCUUCUGUGCUGCACAGAGUGUCCACAGCUAGUUUUGCUGAUUUGGCUGCCAGCGAAAAAAUGAUUGUCCAUGAUGGGCAACAAAUACAAACUAUACCAAAUGAAGUGGGACUUCAGGCACUGCAAAAUUGUAUUAUGACAUUAUCAGAGCAAUAUUUAAGAAACAUUCCAUUUUAUCCAAACCAAAUUCCUUAUGCCCAAUCAGUAUUAACUACUUUAUUAAGAGACUCGUUUGGUGGCAGAGCAAAAACAGUAUUCAUGUGUUGCAUUUCACCCCUUGUACAAGAUUUUGGUGAAACUGCUUAUACCCUAGCAAUAGCCACAAGGGCUCAACUAAUCAAAAACUUUGUCACUGUUAAUUCAUACACAACUUCUGAAAACGCUCAAGAAAACUUGGACAUAUUUGGUUUGCAAUUUGCUGCCAAUCAGCUGCUGAAACUAGUUGUCAACGCUGAAGAAUUGUUCCAGAGGCUUGUCACUGCUGGCGAUUUGAAGAAAUCCGAGUUGGAACAAAUUUCUGAAUGGUUGAUGAUGAAGCAAGAGUGUGAAGAAUGUUUGAGUGAUACUUCUGAGCCGCAUAGAUCGCUGGAAAGGAUUGAGGAAGAGGGUGAAGAGGAGGAAGAUUUUAGUGAUGAGGAAACUACAGAGAGGUCGGAAAGUGAUGAGGGGUUGAGUGAAGAUGGUGAAGGUCAAUCCAUAUUGGAUGAGCUCAUGGCAGUAUUUCAACAAAAAACUGAUGAUCUAGUCAACAAAGCUAAUAUUAUCGAUAUAACAUCUAGGACCCCACUUGUGGAUAGUAUAAAUAGCAGUUCAAACUAUCCUCAUUACCAUAAAGGCGCCAGAGGUAGACGAACCAGUAUUCAUUCCUUUGAGGAAUUGCAACAUCAAAAGCAAGAUUCAUUCAACUCGUCAGUCUUCAGCGAAGAAGAUGUGAAUGUAGGGGACAAUCGUAAGGAUUUAUUUGACAAACCAAUCAAUGUAGGGUCAAAGAAAAAAAUGUUAAAACAGAUAAAUCUUGUAAUCAAAGGCUACGAUAAACAAAUGGCCGACUUAGAUCAAACGAUAAAAGUAAAAGAAAACCAUAUAGCGCAACUGUUGCAACACAAAGACACAAAAUCGAAUGCGCACAGUAAAAUCGAACAAAAAUGCCAAAAAUUAAAAAGAGAGCUCAGAAGCACCCAAGACAAAGUAACUUUGGCACGUAAAAACAACAAUCAUUUCCUAGAAACCAAAUAUCGCGAAGAACUAGGCGAAGUAGAAACCAAACUAAAAGACGUUGAAGUCUUGAAAAACAUGACAGAGGACGACAAUAAACGUUUGCAAGAGCUGGAAGGCAGUUUGCUGAUGUCAAAAAAGCAAAUGGAAAAAGUCAUAAAGCUCAAAAGACGCGAAGAACGAAAAAAGCAAACAUGCGAAUCUUCAAUAAUAGAAAACAAAAAUACUAACACUUCUAAUGAAACUCCAAAAAGCUACGACGAUUCUAAAGCUUUGGUUUUACUGAAACUAUCAAAUUCUGACCUGGAAGAAAACAGUUUGUCGCUAUCUAGUGAAGAACUCGAAAGAUACAGACACGAAAUUCGAAAUCUGCGAAAAACUAGAGAGUAUCUUGUUGAGCAACGAUGUCAAAUAGAUACGAAGUCGCAAAACAAAAAAAUACUUAAUGAAAUUGAAGAAAAGAAGCUGCUGCAAUAUGAAGAAGCUAUUGAAGCUAUUGAUUUGGCUAUAGAAUAUAAAAAUGAACUUUUGUGUGGGCAUAAAAGUAUAAAUGAUAAAACAGUGGAAAUCGUAGAAGAGCCUGGAGAUGUCAUGCUCAUGGAUAGAUUGAUGCAUUUGAGUGAAAACGAAAUGCGCAUGUUGUUGUACAGAUAUUUUCAAAAGGUUAUUGAGCUUCGUUUGAGUGGCAAAAAACUAGAACUACAAGUAAUUGACUAUGAAAAUCAAAACGAAACUCUCAUCAGUAGAGUCCAGAAUUUGAGUCACAAUUUACAACAAGUCAGACUAGAAGGGGAAAGACGUGUUAUACAUUUGCAGCAACAGCACGAAGAUAAAAUUCAUCUUGUUUUGAGGCAUUUGGCUGACGAUGGUGGAGCAGCUGGAGGUGAUACCAGCAGAGGAUUGAGAAUAUUUGGUAAACAAGCUAUACCAAGGCCAGUGAGUGGUGCUACAAGUAAAAUGGAUAAGAGCAGUCUAAUUACAAGAAUAACUCGAAUAGCGCGUACUACUGAAGUAGUUCCCAGGCAACUUCAGAACGUACUUCCGCCGCCCCAAGCGAAAAUAACUAGACAGAAAAAUAAGCUUUUUAUUCAGCAAACUAAUAAUCCAGAGUAGAUUUUUUUUUUUUGUGAUAUUAUUGUAGUUUGUAAUCGGCUUCUUUUUUCAAGUAUAGUCAAAACAUAAACCACAUUAAGAUAUUUAUUAUAUAGACUCAAAAAAUUCAACAAAUAAAAAUGUUAACUACAUACAAGCAUUAUCUUAAAAAAUGGUUAACACUUAAUAUAAACUUUUUUGUUUUAAUACAUAUAACUUAUUCUUUAGCUUUUAAUUGUUUCAAAAUCUGAUCAGAAACAACUUUCGUUGCCUUGUCAGCGUUAGGAAUCAAAAAUCUAUCCAUAUCGGAUAUUUUCAAAUUCUCCCCAUCAGGUACCCCAUAUUUGAAAGUAAUCAGUUCUGGAUGCCUUUUUCUAGCAGUUAUUUUCACUAUAGCUGAUAGAGGGCGUUUGACAAUCACUUCGGCUGCACCUCUAGAUUCAGGCACUUCCCUCAGUACUAUUAGCUCACAUUCAGUAACUAUCAGAUGACUUUUGAACAUUGCUCCAUUCAUUCUCACUUCUUGACAAGGAAAAUGCUGGAUUAUUUCAGGUUUUUUCAAGUAGGAUUGGAUUUGGACCAUUUCGUGAUUGUCUUCUCUUUCUUGCUCCUAAAAAUAAUUAUUAUUAUUAUUAUUUUAUUUUAAAUAUCAACUCUAAUUACCUCAAUAUUAGCCACAUUAUCAUGAUCAUCAUCUAUACUAAAUACUGGUGCAACAUCCCUAUAUCUCCUGCCAAUUCUAUCGUUGCUAGAAACGUGCCUCUCUUGCACAGGACUAUUGCUGGGAUUCACAAUAUAUUCGAUCAGUUUUCCAGUUACCUCUGCAGACUUGGACCUCAUCGCUGCUGAUAUUUUACCAAACAAAUCACCAGAUUGGCCUGGCGUUUUUACGUUGGCCUGCCUCUCAAGUUUGGCUGUGAAAUUUGGCAUGCAAACAAUGCAAUGCCUAGGACUGUGGUCCUGCAAGUAACCCAAAUUAUCAGACAGAUAAUCAUGUAGUGCCAAAUAGCCACCAGUCAAUAGAGAAACGUAUUUGGUGUGUUUUUGCAAAAACGAAGCCACAAUCAUGUGAGUAUAUUGAUCUUCUUCGUUGCUUCCUGAUCCUAGGAAGCAUAAAUGUUCACCACCUAAGAAAAAUAUAUUGAAAUAUUUUGGUUUGAUUUUUAUUUAAAAGAAUUAUCACCUGCUGUUGAGUUGUGAGCUAAAGCUUGUCUUUGUGCACUUAAAAGACCCUGAACGGCCGUAGCAAAGGCACUAGGCUCUUGAAGCAUUAAAUUGCAAUCUAAAUGAAAUGCUGUAGGUAAAUGGCCGGCGUUGUAAUGCUCCACAGGUCGACAAUCAACCAGAAAGAAU